UACUGCGUGCGGUUGAAACAUGCGCUCUUCGUGUCCGCGCUGUGCGUGACGCUCUUAUUCACGCUUAUGUUGCUGUGUGCUGUGUGCAUACUACGUGCUGAUGAACUGCCUCAACAAAUCCGUUCUCUGGCCACGCUCUCCGUUAUCGUCUUCAUACUGUCCAUCGUGCUGGCGAUGGCGCUGCUGCCAGCUGCGCCGGAGUGGGAGGCACUGGCGCUCUCCGGCUCCGUGCUGGUGACGACAUGCCUGGGCGCAGGCACGCUGAUGGCCACGCACCAUGCGCCGUUGCCGCUCUUCGCCCUAAUAUUGAUGGUGCAUACAAUGAUGCCCAUAGCCCGCUCCAUAGCCCUCGCCAUGUCUGCGGCCCUCACGGUAGCUUACAUGGGCCUCGCCCUAGGCCUGGGACCUCAUAACGCGGAGAGCAAGUUUCAUUUGCAGCUAUGCUGUGAACUGGCCCUGCUUAUGUCAGCAAGCGGGAUCGGGCUGUACUACCGAGCGUUGACCGAGCGAGCGCAUCGGAACACCUUCGCCGGUACCAGAACUUGUCUGGAGCAACGCGUCAAGCUGGAGUGCGAGCGAGAGCAACAAGAGAGAUUGUUGCUCUCUGUCAUACCUGCGUAUAUCGCUGCUGAGGUGAAACGCUCAAUAAUGCUCAAGAUGGCGGACGCCUGCGCCGACGCAUCCAAACAGACGCGCUUCCACGAGAUGCACGUCCAGAGACACAACAACGUCAGCAUCCUGUACGCGGACAUCGUCAACUUCACGCCGCUGAGUGAGAGAUUGAGCGCGUCGGACUUGGUGAAGACGCUUAAUGAACUGUUUGGACGGUUCGAUCAGAUUGCUCAGGAAAACCAGUGCAUGCGCAUCAAGAUCCUGGGAGACUGUUACUACUGCGUGUCUGGUCUACCUGUGUCUCGUCCCAACCACGCAUACAACUGUGUCAACAUGGGUUUACAGAUGAUCGAUGCUAUUAGAUUCGUCCGCGAAGCGACCGGUUUCAACGUAGACAUGCGCAUUGGCAUACACACCGGCAACGUGCUGUGCGGCGUGCUGGGCUUGCGCAAGUGGCAGUUCGACGUGUGGAGCGAUGACGUCACACUCGCCAACCACAUGGAGUCCGGUGGGAUUGCGGGUCGAGUACACAUAACAAAGGCCACGCAGCAGCAGCUGGGUGGGCGUUUUGAGGUAGAGCCGGGCGAUGGAGCUUCAAGAGAGGGCUACUUGGCCGACCACAAAGUGGAGACCUUCCUGAUUAUACCCCCGAAGAAACCAUCUGGCAUAUCCGAGAACGGUCGUCUAUCCGUCUGCACAGUGGAUCGCAAGUCUAGCAUCGUGUCUUCCAUCUACAACGACAUUUCACCGACCAAGCCGCGCGACAACAUCAGUCCGGUGCCGUCGACGAAUAGCUUUGAAGAUGUUGUUCCGAAAGUGCUCAGGACAGAGUCUAUGAGGACGACUGUGGGAGCACCUGGUGAUCUCAGCAGACGAGCAUCAGUGAAAGUUGAAGGUGCUAAAACAGUAGCGUUUGAAAGUCAAGCAACGAGUCCAGGAGAAGGAUUAGGCAAUGGAGUGGUACCAGCUAGUACUAAACCUAAGAGUCGGAGCGGGUCUAUUAUCGGAGCAAUAAGUCCUAUUAUGGGAACAGAGAAUACCACUGGAUUAGAACUGACUUUUGAUAUUGAGUUGGACUCUCUACCGCCAUGUGUAUUCUCUAGAAUGUUAAGUACUUCAACAACUAUUUCAACGGAAUCAUCAUCUCAAUCUAUUCCCGGUGUCCCUAGUCGAACUAGACCUUCUAGUAAAAUGACAAAAUACGUGGAAUGCUGGGGUGCCGAUAAACCCUUUGCCAACAUCACCGAUUCUACUCUUGCUAAAAACAUUGGGAUUUCUAGCCUUGCUAUGAUAGAACACAAUUUAUUGCCUCAAAGGACAACGUGCUGCGAUUGCAGCAGUACAUCGGAAGACAUGAAUCGCGUCACACUGUGGUUCACCCGCGGCAGCCAGGAGAGACAGUACCGCAACCAACCGGACGAACACUUUAAAUACAACGUGGCUUGCGCUGCGCUACUCUUCCUGUUGUUAGCUGUGAUCCAAAUACUCACUGUGCCCAGGGGCAUCGUCCUAUAUGCAUCAUUCGGACCGACGCUGUUCACCCUCAUGGUGUUCGUGUACCUGUCGUGGUACGACGGCACGUUCCCUCGACGGCCGCUGUCCGACAUUCCCGCUGCAGAUGACAUGUAUGCUGACAACUGUAUAAAACCGGGCCAGGUGGUGACGAACAAUAGAUACAUCAGAAUUACUAUGUUCCUGGUAUCAGUUUUACUGAUAGGCGCUUGUGCUGUUUUAAACUUAUUUCAGCCAUUAGACUUCGACGACCAGCCCGAGUUACUGAGGUGGCAGAGACUACAGAACGACACCAACUAUACUAGCGAUGUGAAGUUCGACAGAGUGCGCCACUUCGAAUUAGAAGAAGCGCCGAGCUAUCUCUACAGCUCAGUGCUAACCCUGGCCUCAAUCUCCGUGUUCCUCCGCGUGGGCUUUGUACUGAAGUUGGCAGUGAUGUGCUGCAUGCUUACCGUCCAUAUCGCGCUAUUCGCGUCCUCGGAGCUUUUCUACCACAACCCACUGUUGUUGCAGCUUAGCGAGGAGACAGAUGAAUUCUCCAUGCUCCCAUACGCAACCAAAGCUGGUCUGGUACUAGUAUUCGUGGCCGCACUACUCCACAUCCUAGACCGCCAGAUCGAGUUCACCUCCAGAACCGACUUCCUCUGGAAGGACAAGCUCAAGUUUGAACAGGAGGAGGUGGAGACGAUGCGGGGAAUCAAUAAGAUUUUAUUGGAGAAUAUAUUGCCGGCCCACGUGGCGCAGCAUUUCUUGACGUCUGUGGCUUCGGAGGAGGACUUAUACCACGAGCGCUACUCAAGCAUCGCGGUAAUGUUUGCGUCCAUUCCAAACUACAAGGAAUUCUACGACGAGACAGACGUCAACAAGCAGGGACUCGAAUGCCUGCGGUUACUCAAUGAGAUUAUCUGCGAUUUUGAUAAGCUGUUAUUGAAGCCGAAGUUCAGCGGGAUUGAAAAGAUCAAGACCAUCGGAAGCACGUACAUGAUUGCUUCAGGAUUGAGGCCGGGAAAAGAGGAUCAAACGGACGCAAAAGGAAAGGAAGAGCACACGGUGACGAUCGUAGUGGAGUUUGCAUUCGCUCUGAUGACAAUCUUAGACCAGAUCAACCGAGAAUCAUUUCAGAGGUUUAGGCUUAGGAUAGGUUUGAACCACGGGCCGGUGAUCGCCGGCGUGGUGGGCGCGCAGAAGCCGCAAUACGACAUCUGGGGGAACACCGUCAACGUGGCUUCAAGAAUGGACUCCACUGGCGUCAUGGGACGCAUACAAGUCACAGAGGACACCGCUAAGGUUCUCAUGAACGCUGGCUACACGUGUGAGUGCCGCGGGCCCACAUUUGUGAAGGGGAAAGGAACACUCACUACAUACUUCGUCAGACCGCCCACGUCCAUUGGAGGGAUGUAAAUGGGAGUAAAUGAGGAUAAACUAUUUCUUGGUUUUUUACGAUCUGCCAGCCAAGCUAACAUUUCUUCUAAGGGCGUCCGCGUCGCGUGGGCGGGUGCAGUUGUUGGGCAGAUACACGCGGGUGCGGGUGCGGGUGGAGGUAAAGGCGGUCG